AUGUAAUUAUUGAGAAAAGUUUAUAGAUUCGGCUCAACAAAGCAUAGAUUUGCUUCAGAUAUUAAAAGCACAAAUAGGUAGAAAAUGAACCUGUUUUAAGCAAUUAAUAAUGCACUUGAUAUAGAAUUAGGAGCAAAUCCAAAGUACGUCAUAAUAUAUAAGAAAGGGCAUUAUUAUUUGGAGAGGAUGUAAAAUUUGGAGGAGUGUUUCGAUGCUCUUAGGGUUUGAAUGAAAAGUACGGUACUGAUAGAGUAUUCAAUACUCCAUUAUGCGAGCAAGUAUGAACAAUUAGAAAUCAUUAGGGAAUCGGAGCUUUUGGAAUUGGGUUGGCAAGUGUAGGAUACACAGCAAUAGCAGAAAUCUAGUUUGGUGAUUACAUAUUCCCAGCCUUUGACUAAAUAGUCAACGAGGCAGCUAAAUUCAGAUAUCGAUCAGGGGAUCAAUUCAAUUGUGGAAGUCUAACAAUAAGAUCAACUUGGGGUGCUGUAGGACACGGGUAAGAAUAUAAAGUAUAAUUUAGUGCUUUAUAUCAUUCACAAUCUCCAGAGGCUUAUUUUGCCCAUACUCCAGGACUGAAAGUCGUAGUGCCCAGAGAUCCAAUAUAAGCAAAGGGAUUGUUGCUUGCAUCCAUAAGAGAUAAAAACCCAGUUAUCUUUUUUGAGCCUAAAGCCUUAUAUAGAAAUGCCGAGGACGAGGUUCCUUUGGAUGAUUAUGAGGUACGAUGAAAUGGAAUGAAUUUUAGUUGGAAUUGUCUAAAGCUGAAGUAGUGCAAUAAGGGAAGCACAUCACAUUGAUAGGAUAUGGCACAUAAAUACGAGUGUUAAAAGAGGCAGCUAAGUUGGCAGAAAAGGAUGGAGUAAGUUGUGAGAUAAUUGAUUUGUAAACAAUAUACCCAUAUGAUGGAUAGACACUGGUUGAUUCAGUGAAGAAGACUGGAAGGUAUUGAAUUGAUGGAUGAAAUAGAUGCAUAAUAUCACACGAAGCCCCUUAGACAUGUGGAAUGGGAGCUGAAUUAAGUGCAUAUAUUUAGGAGAGAUGUUUCUUGCAUUUGGAGGCACCAAUAAAAAGAGUUACAGGCUACGACACACCAUUUCCCUUAGUUCACGAACCAAUUUAUUUGCCAGACAAAUUUAAAAUUUAUGAGGCAAUAAAACAGAGUGUAAAUUAUUGAUAA